AUGCAACCCCUCCUUGUGCGGUGUGGCGCUGUUGCUGCCUUGUUGGCGGUUCAGCUUGGCGUUUCUUAUUCUGUAGCCAGUGAAGAAAAACAUGCAUCUGACUCAGGUCAGCAGGGAAAUGUUGGCUUUCCUAGUCUGUUCGAUGGCAGUGCGUUCGCCGGCAUUCGAGAGUCGAUAGAGCAGUCAGUAUCGUCAUUCUUGAACAUGAUGGGUCCUAUGGAGACCAUGCUGCAAGAAGGCCCGCUGCUUUCAUUAGCCGUUCAGGAUGGAAACGAGGAAAGCUGUUAUAUGAAAGUGACUGUGGGCAAGUCAGGGCCGAGUAUGAAAGACGUCAAGAUUGGCUUGAACCCCACUUCUCGCGCCGUUACUAUUUUGUACGAUCAGCAGCAGGACCAAAGGACCCAUGAUCCAGAAAAGGGUGACAGUGUGUCUUCUCGUGCAGUCCACGUUACGAGCUCAUUAAGCCUUCCAUCGAGAUGCAUGGCAUCAGCUUCUGUCCUUCUACUAGGCCUUGCUGGCUACAUGGUCGAUAGCUCCGGUUCCCGGGGGCGGAUUAUUUUUCCUUCCUCAAAGCUUCUGAACAAGUAUGCCGAGGAGGGGUUGCUGCCAAAGGACAUCAUUGGAACAAUUGAAAAUGGAGAUCAGGCAGCGCUAUCAGCCCUUCCACCUGAGCAGCAGUGCCUUGCCGCAGGGUUUACAACUGAGGACUGCGCCAAGCUGAACAGCAAGCCAGUUGUUGCAUCAGUAGCAGCAGCUGGGCUUGGUCUUCUCCCGAUCCCGCUCUACGUCUCUCCCCUCGAGUUGCUUGAGUGA